UUCAUGUUGUCAUUACGCAAAGACAUUAGUGUAACACAGCCUAACCAAUAGAGAUAAACGUAAAAAAAUACGGCAAUUCACCAGUGAGAAAGUUCAAGAUGGUGAAAUUUGGUCUGCAGUUUAAAGCUACUUUGGAAAAUAUCACAAAUGUCCGGCCGGAGGGAGAAGAUUUUCGCUGGUUCCUAAAGUUGAAGUGUGGAAAUUGCGGAGAAGUAUCAGACAAAUGGCAGUACAUCACACUAAUGGACAGCAUGCCUCUGAAAGGAGGGAGGGGAAGUGCCAGCAUGGUCCAGAAGUGCAAGUUGUGUUCCCGGGAGAACUCUAUUGACAUCUUAAAGGAUACCAUUACUCCAUACAAUGCUGAGGACAGUGACAAGUUUAAGACGAUUGUGCAGUUUGAAUGUCGAGGGUUGGAGCCGGUGGACUUUCAGCCCCAGGCUGGCUUUGCUGCAAAGGGAGCAGAAUCUGGGACCCCAUUUCCAGAGAUCAACCUGCAGGAAGGAGACUGGAAUGAAUAUGAUGAGAAGAUCAGCGAGUCAGUGGGCAUCUAUGAAGUCACUCACCAGUUUAUCAAAUGCUGAUCUCCUUGGAUGGAUGAUUCUCCAGCUUCCUGGAUACUCCCAAGACCUCAUCACCUCACCAAACUUGAAACAUGCACGUGUGUCAUGUGCUAAGCCUGUUCUAGUGACAGUGUGUGGGGUGGUGGUGAAUCUGAACAAAUUCAAUACGCCGACAGCAUUGUAUUCAUUUUUGCCAGUUCAGAGGCAGGUCAGCGCAGUGCUGACAGCAGGGCAAAGCCUUGAUGCUAUCUGUCCACAUGGGUAAAAAAGUCUUUACUAAAAAGAGAAACUGCUGACUGUGGUAUAAAAAAGCCUUAAUAAAAUCAAGACUGAUAAUCUCUUGCAUUAGA